UUCUCUUCCAAAUAUAAUAUUAUUUCAUUUCCUGACCAAACCAGACCUUUAAAAUGUCAACCAAACGAAAAGUUAGUCCUCGCAAGAAAAGCAAGACAAGCGUGGAUAAGUCGAAAAAGAAUCCCUCUGCCAUUAGAUCGAUUCUGUGUCCGGAUGUCGUUAAGCCCAUGAAGGAAACCAAGCCAGAGGGAACCGAGGUCAAGGAAUGUCCCCGAGCUGGGAGCUAUAAGUCCUCAGCCGACCAACGAAUCUAUCUCGAACAGGAGGUGAUACCCAUUCUGACGGAGGGUAUGCUGGGAUUAGCACGCGAAAUGCCCCGCGAUCCCAUCGGAUAUCUGGAGAAGUUCUGGCUUUACAACAAGCACAAGUGUGACAUCAAGCUGCCACAGAAUAUACUCUGAUCGAUAUCUAGUGUAACCCAAUCAAAUUUAAAAUUAUCCGAUGAUUAAAUGUUUCUGGUUCGACGUUUAGUUUAAUCAA